CUCCCUCCCUCCCUCCCUCCCUCUGCAGAAAAAUGAGGGCCAAAGACAAGGGGGUUAAUUCCUUGAGGGUAAUGUUGUCUUUUGGCUUUUUCGACACCCUAUUGUUAGUUUAAGCGGGUUAAGUGCAACAAUUUGUUAGUUCAAGGGGGUUUUAUGUAGUUCAAUGGGGUUAGUUGCAAAACCCCAAUAGUUUAGGGGGUUUAUUGCACUUUUCUCAAAAUCUUAUAAAACCACCGGCGGAAUUUCGAAAAGAAGAGGCACUUGCAGACAACGCGAAAUUUCCGGAUUUAGAAAGAAAGCUAUGUUGGAGUCUCUUGAUCCAAAACCCAAAAUGGGUCUUAUUUGAUUUUAUCUUUCAGUUGUGUUUUUCUUCUUCCACUUUGCCGUACACAAAGUGUAUGUGGAAAUGCGAAGCUGAGAGUGAGAGCUCUCUUGGAGAUGAAGUCCUCUCUAGACCCAGAAAACAUGCCCUCAUGGACCAGCGAUGAUGACCCAUGUUGUGGCUCAUUCCAAUGCGUGACUUGCAACCAGAAAAAGGGUCUCUCACUGGCACAGCAGUGCUUGCAUGGUCUCUCACUUUGUCCGGAGAGAGAUGCCCACAGAAAUAUCAGACCUCACUGAAUCAAUCAUGCUAGUCUUCAGACUCUUCACUCUUCAAGGUUAGCAUAUGAUUUAUGAUCAAAAGUGUACUAAAAAUUUGUUCUUUGUUUGGCUUUCUUUUUCUUCAUUGUGUAAUUUCACCUUGUCAACACCACAUGGAUUUUGUAGAUUGUAAGAUUACUUCACAAAUCACAUAUUAGGGUCUCAAGUUUUCACUUUGUGGAUUGUAUGUGUAUCAAUCUUAUUGCAAAAAGUAGUUGAGAAAAAAAUAAAUUUAUUCUUGUUAUUUUAUUUUGGGAGUGAUAGGGCUAAAAUUGAAUUCUCUUAUUGUAAAAAAAUAUGGACAACAUAGAUUAUCAUUAACUCUACUAACUGUUUAAAUCUUUUUCUUUUUUUUUUUUCUCAGAAAUUUUCCCUCAUUUUUUUGCUCUCUUGAUCUAUAUCAUUAAGAGAGAGAGAAUAUAAUGUGUAUUUUAUUUUAUUUUAUUUUUAUUUACUCUUACUUAACAUUAUUGGUCUUUGGUAAACGCGUAGUUCUGUCUUCAAAGAACCGCGUAAGGUGUUAUUAGCCUUCUCAUGGAACGGUAAAAGGGUCACUUACAGCAAAGUUACCCAAUUCAUAACCGAAACUCGCGGGAACUCUUACAAAAGCUGCCAAAUGUCCUAAAAAAAAAUCUUCCAUGCAUUUUUACCUGGGAAUCUCAAACUCUUUCCACCCUAUUUUCCCUCUUAUUCUAGAAUAGUUCAAGAAGCCAAAUUCUCACCCUCUUGUAACAAUCAUUCGAGGAGGAAUCAUAUGCAAUCAAUUUGAUUCCACACGCAUCAAAAUUUCCCAAAUUUACAAGAAUUUGGUGGCAAUUCAAUUUCAUUGCAACUAACCAGCUUGAAAUUUUUUGAGAUCAUAACUCACCUAAUUUCCACUAGGUAGAUAGUAAUCCGGUGGAUAUCAAGAUUUUCUCUUAAGAGUUAUUUUGUUGGGCAUUUCAUCUUAUCGGGUCUAAGACAACCAUUAUCUCCACAAAAAUUUCUGAUCUGCCUUGGUUUGAAAUCUGCGACUUGUUACCAUCUCCAUAAUUUAUUGGCCUUCAAUCCUUGAGAGUAAUUUCUUUCACUGUCAUUCAUUUUCCAUAAAUUUCACACCAUAGUGGAGUAAUUUGAUCAUCCGUGACACCCAUUUUCGGAUAUCUUCAUUGUGAUCUGAGGAUGGAGCAAUUCAGGCAGAUCGGAGAGAGAGUGGGAAGCAUGAAGGCUCUAAUGGUGUUCCAAGAUGAUUUACAAAUCAAUCAGAGGCAAUGUAGUUUGUUGCUUGAUAUGUUCAGUUUUGCCUACGAAUUGAUAGGAGAGGAGAUGAGGCAAAACCUUAGAUUUGAAGAGAAGCACGCAAAAUGGAAAGUUCUUGAACACCCAUUAAGAGAGCUCCACAGGGUAUUCAAAGAAGGAGAGCUAUACAUCAGGCAGUGCCUGGAAAUCAAAGAAUGGUGGGCUAAAGCCAUUACCCUCUAUCAGAAUACGGAUUGCGUGGAGUUUCACAUCCAUAAUUUGCUCUGCUGCAUUACAAUUGUCAUCGAAGCCAUUGAAGCCGCUGGAGAGAUAUCAGGUUGGGAUCAUGAUGAGAUACAAAAGAAAAGAGUGAUAUACUCAAUGAAGUAUAGCAAGGAUUUUAAAGACCCUAAACUUUUUGUGUGGAAAUUCGGGAAACAAUACCUAGUUUCUCGGGAAUUCUGCAAUCGGUUAGAUGCAGUUUGGGAAGAAGACAGAAGAAUUCUCCUCAAUAAAAUCCAGGGGAGGAGAAAUUCAAGUGAGAUGAGCUCCACAAAGCACGAGCAACGGCUCAUGAAUCUACUCCUCAAGAACUUAGAUUGGUCAGAAAACUUGAAUGGUAAACUCUUACCAUGUUCAAUCUUAGUGGGUUCAGAGGGUUACCAGGUGAAGAGGCGGUUAGGGAGUGGAAGCCACUACAAGGAGAUUCAAUGGCUGGGUGAGAGCUUUGCUCUAAGACAUUUUUUCGGGGAGAUUGAACCAUUGGUUCCCGAGAUUUCACUGGACUUAUCUCUCUCCCAUCCAAAUAUAAUGCACACAUUUUGUGGGUUUACUGACGAAGAAAAGAGAGAGUGUUUUCUGGUAAUGGAACUCAUGAAUCGAAAUCUCUCCAGUUACAUCAAAGAGAUUUGUGGCCCAAGGAAGCGAAUUACAUUCCCUCUUCCUGUUGCAGUUGAUCUUAUGCUUCAGAUUGCAAGAGGAAUGGAAUAUCUCCACUCGAAGAAAAUUUACCAUGGAGAGUUGAACCCGUCUAACAUCCUUGUAAAAACAAGAAACAUUUCCACAGAAGGGUAUUUGCAUGCUAAAGUUUCAGGAUUUGGCCUAUCAUCCAUUGUUGACUCCACCCGGAAAGGCUCUCCAAAACAGAACGGAACACUGCCAUUCAUAUGGUAUGCUCCAGAAGUUUUAGCAGAGCAAGAACAGCCAGGAAGUAUAGGGAACUCCAAAUGCACAGAAAAGUCUGAUGUAUACAGUUUUGGGAUGAUUUGCUUUGAGCUUUUGACUGGGAAAGUCCCUUUUGAGGAUAGCCAUCUUCAAGGAGAUAAAAUGAGCCGAAACAUUAGGGCGGGGGAGAGGCCUCUAUUCCCAUUCCAUUUACCUAGAUAUGUGACAAACUUGACAAAAAAAUGUUGGCAUACUGACCCCAAUCAACGACCAAGUUUUUCAUCCAUAUGUAGAAUUCUCCGUUACAUAAAGCGAUUCUUAGUGAUGAACCCUGAUCACAGCCAGACAGACCCUCCAACGCCCUCAGUAGAUUACUGUGAGAUUGAGGCAGGGCUUCUAAAGAACUUUCCUGCAUGGGGGAGUUUAGAUCCAUCACCUGUAUCACAAAUUCCAUUUCAGAUGUUCGCUUACAGGGUAGUAGAGAAAGAGAAAUUGAACACAAGUCACAGAGAGAAUUCUGAAUCAGGAAGUGAUGGAGCUUCUUCAGCUUGGGGGGAUGAGAAUGUGACCACGGAUGACCCCUUUCCAUCAGGAACCGAAAAGAAGUCUCUUGUUUCUCCUGAAACCCCCACCAAGAAACUGUCAUUCAAGAGGCACACAGAUGUGAAAGCAAACAAACAGCCAGGGACACCAAAAGGACUGUCAAUAAGACCUCCGCAAGUGACUCCUUUUGGACGUAGUUUGAGGAUGUCUUCUGAAAGCCAGUUAAUGGUGAAGAGUCCAAAGCCAAAGAGAAGAUCUGGUCAUGCCUCAGAUUCUGAGAUCUCCUAGGGCUCAAUAUACUGAACAAUACCUCCAUAUUGGAUUCUGAAGGCCAGCUAGUUGUGAUGACUCCAAAGCCAAAGACAACAUCUGGUCAUGCCUCAAGGAUUCCGGGAUCUCCUAGCCUCCUAGGCCUCAAUAUACCGAACAUUACCUCCAUAAGGGAGCGUUUGGAUCCUUGUAGUGUGCCGUAUGUUUUCAACUCAAUUAAAUCGUGUUUCAAUACAUUAUUUUAAGCUUGAAGGUAAUGGUGUUGAAACACGAUUCAAUGGUGGUGUCGUGUUUCAAAGCCAUUACUUCUAGCUUGAAGAAAUGCGGUGAAACUAGAUUUGUGUUGAAAACUUGUACAACAUGGUGCAGACUUGCAGUGAGCUGCAGAGGAUCUUGACUCAAGGGAUUGGGCCCUGGAAUAAUGUACAUGGUUUACCAAAUAGAUAUAUUUUGUUUAUGUUUCCCCUCACAACUCAAAACAAUUACAGUUUGUGGAUUUGAUUUGGGGUACAGACAUUUAGCUUACUUCGACCUUCUAUCUGCUGAAAUUCUUGUGACUGUGCUGAACAACUAUAAUUAUAUUAU